AUGACUAAAAACAACCAAACUGUCAUCUCCCAGUUCAUCCUCCUGGGCCUGCCCAUCCCUCAAGAGCUCCAGCACCUGUUCUAUGCCCUAUUUCUGACAAUGUACCUCACCACCAUCCUGGGGAACCUCAUCAUCAUCAUCCUCAUUCACCUGGACUCCCAUCUCCACACUCCCAUGUACUUGUUUCUCACCAACUUGUCCUUCUCUGACUUCUGUUUUUCCUCUGUCACAAUGCCAAAAUUGCUGCAGAACAUGCUGAUCCAGGACCCAUCCAUCCCCUAUGCAGACUGUCUGACACAAAUGUACUUUUUAGUAGCCUUUGGAGACAUGGAGAGUUUCCUUCUUGUGGUCAUGGCCUACGACCGCUAUGUGGCUAUCUGCUUCCCCCUCAAUUACAACAGCAUCAUGAGCCCGAAGCUCUGUGUGAGUCUGGUGGUGCUGUGCUGGAUGCUGACCACAUUCCAUGCCAUGCUGCACACCCUACUCAUGGCUAGAUUGUCAUUCUGUGAGAACAAUGUGAUCCCCCAGUUUUUCUGUGACAUAUCUGCUCUGCUCAAGUUGUCCUGCUCUGACACUUAUAUUAAUGAACUAAUGAUAUUUAUCUUUGGAGGGCUCUUUAUUUUCAUCCCAUUCUUACUGAUAAUUGUAUCCUAUGUACAAAUUGUCUGUUCCAUCUUAAAGGUUUCAUCAGCUCAAGUUAUCCACAAGGUCUUCUCCACAUGUGGUUCCCACCUGUCUGUGGUCUCACUGUUCUAUGGGACAAUUAUUGGUGUCUACUUUUGUCCAUCAACUAAUACCUCCACUGUGAAGGAGACAGCCAUGGCCAUGAUGUACACAGUGGUGACUCCAAUGCUUAACCCAUUCAUCUACAGCCUGAGGAACAGAGAUCUGAAAGAGGCCCUGAUAAGAGUCCUUCGGAAGAAGAAAAUUUCUUUAUAA